GCUAAGUGUCAACACAACGUAAACACGUGCGAGCGGCGCUGGAUGAACAUGUGUGCUAUCAUUCAACCAUUUCGUAAGAUUUAUACGGAAUUAUAGUGAUUUUACAUUAUAGUCCGUUUACGGAAUCGCGAGCAGAAUGAAGUUCGCUUAUAAGUUUUCGAAUCUACUCGGAGCUGUCUACCGUCAAGGGAAUCUGAGUUUCUCCAAGGAUGGCAAUGCUGUAAUCAGUCCAGUUGGAAACAGAAUCUCCAUCUUUGACCUCAAAAACAACACAUCUGAGACUUUACCAGUCUCCACUGAUAAGAACAUCACAUGCGUGGGAAUCUCGCCGAAAGGGAACUUGGCAAUCGUGGUGGAUGAAGAUGGUGCAGCAUUGCUGGUUAGUCUCAUCACACGUGCUAUUCUUCAUCAUUUCCAUUUUCACAAACCUGUCAACAGCAUCUCCUUCUCACCUGACGGCAGGAAGUUUGUUGUCACUAAGGAGAAUGUGGCAUUGAUGUACCAUGCUCCUGGCAAGCAGCAGGAAUUUAACGCCUUUGUGUUAGACAAAAGUUACUACGGUCCCUAUGACGAAACAACUUGCAUCGACUGGACGGACGACUCCAAGUGUUUUGUGGUGGGCAGCAAGGACAUGUCCACGUGGGUGUUUGGCGCAGAGCGUUGGACAAACCUCAUUUAUUGCUCACUGGGCGGACACAAAGACGUCAUUGUGGGAUGUUUCUUUGAGAAAGACAGUCUGGAUCUGUACACAGUGAGCCAGGAUGGGGUUCUGUGUAUCUGGGAAAGCGACACCGAGCUGGACUCCCUCGUUUUGAAGAACAAACCCGAAAAACCGAAGAUGCCGAGACGGGGGCAAGACGAGGACGACGAGGAGGAGGACGAUGACGAGGAGGAAGAGAGAGAGGGAGAAGUCAUCAGAGGAAAAGCUGAAACGUCCAAAAGUAACGAGAAAACCAAGAAGGUCCGAUUCCAGCAUAUGAGCAAGCACUUUUUCAACAAAGAGAAUGACUUUACCAAACUGACGGCAGCCGCCUACCAUAAAGCCACGCACAUCCUGGUCACGGGUUUCGCCUCGGGAAUCUUCCACCUGCAUGAACUUCCCGAGUUUAACCUCAUCCACUCCCUCAGUAUAUCAAACCAGAGAAUUGCUUCGGUGGCUCUGAACUACUCCGGCGACUGGAUUGCCUUUGGCUGCUCGGGGAUGGGUCAGCUUCUGGUGUGGGAGUGGCAGAGCGAAUCGUACGUCUUCAAACAGCAGGGUCACUUUAACAACAUGGCGUCGCUGGCUUACUCGCCAGACGGACAGUACGUCGUCACGGGAGGAGACGAUGGCAAAGUUAAAGUUUGGAACACCAACACCUGCCUCUGCUUCGUCACCUUCACGGAGCACACCAGCAGCGUCUCUAAGGUGGCCUUCACCUCCAGUGGCUUCGUCGUGGUGAGCGCCUCUUUGGACGGGACCGUCAGAGCCUUUGACCUUCACAGGUACCGAAACUUCCGCACGUUCACGUCGCCUCGCCCGGCGCAGUUCUCUUCCCUUGCGGUCGAUGUCAGUGGCGAGCUGGUGAGCGCCGGGGCUCAGGAUUCCUUUGAGAUUUUCCUGUGGUCCAUGCAGACCGGAAGACUCCUGGAGAUUUUAGGUGGCCACCAGGGUCCCGUUAGCUGCUUGUCCUUCAGUCCGGUUCAGUCCAUCCUCGCCAGUGCCUCCUGGGAUCGGACCGUCCGAUUGUGGGACAUGAUGAACAGCUGGCAAGUGAAGGAGACGCUUCACCUCACCACUGACGCUUUGUCGGUGGCUUACCGCCCCGAUGGCCAUGAGUUGGCAGUGUCCACGCUGAAUGGAGAAAUCUCCUUCUGGAACCCCGACACGGCGACGCAGGUCGGCUCUGUGGCGGGACGUCACGACCUGGAGACGGGCCGCAAGGACACCGAUAAAGUCACCGCCAAGCAUUUGUCCAAGACCAAGUGCUUCACAUCUCUGUGUUACUCUGCUGACGGCGAGUCCAUCCUUUGCGGCGGCCAGUCCAAGUUUGUCUGCAUCUACAACGUCAACGCACAGAUGCUGUUGAAGAAAUUUGAGAUCUCCUGCAACUUGUCCUUUGACGCCAUGGAGGAGUUCCUGGACCGACGUAAGAUGACGGAGUUCGGCAGCCUGGCUCUGGUGGACGAGGGAGACGGCGACAAAGAUGGGGUCAACAUUAGUCUCCCUGGAGUGAGGAAGGGUGAUAUGAGCUCCCGACAUUUCAAGCCAGAGAUCCGAGUCAGCUCAUUGCACUUCUCUCCAACGGGGCGCAGCUGGGCAGCCACAACCACCGAGGGCCUGCUCAUCUACUCCCUGGACGCAACUUUGGUCUUUGACCCCUAUGACCUUGACCUGGACGUAACGCCGGCCAGCGUUCGCAAUCAGCUGCGGCAUCAGGAGUGGGCGGCCGCCAUCGUUCUGGCAUUCCGACUCAAUGAGAAGGCACUCAAACAGGAAGUGCUGGAGACCGUGCCGCACCAGCAGAUUUCGGUUGUUUGUGGCACACUCCCUGACGUUUAUGUGGAGAAGUUGCUGGAUUUUGUGGCAACGUGCUUGGAGAAGUCGGGCCAUUUGCAGUUCUACAUGACUUGGGCUCAGAGCCUGCUCAUGCUGCAUGGGCAAAAACUCAAGAACAGGUCAGGAGCUAUAUUGCCCACACUGCACGCUUUGCAGAAGAGCAUCCAGACACACCGGGACAACCUGACCAAACUGUGUGACUUCAACAUGUACAAUAUUCGCUAUGCUAUUGCCCUGUCCAAGCAAAGUGGCAUCAAGAGGCCAUUGGGGCAAGAGGAGGAGAACAACAGCCAGGGUGAUGAUGAUGCUGCUGCUGAUGAUGAUGAUGAUGAUGAUGAACAGGAGAUGAGACAAGCCUGUUUUGAUGAUGAAGAGAUGAUACUGUAGACUUUAUAUCACGGACACAAUUGUUAAAUCUUUUUCAUUUCUUUUUUUAAAAUAAAUAUUUCAUAUGUAUAUACAUAUAAA